CAGCAAAGUGGAAUGAUCGCAAAAAUAGUGUAAGGUCUACAAAGAAAUUUUAUACAAAGGAAAGAAAGAAUUAAGUUGUCGUUGAAUAAAUUUCUUUCAAGAAUAAAUUUUUAUUAAAGAAAAAACAAAUCAAAUUUAGUAAAAAUAUGAAGUGUGAAAAAAUUCUUGUGAAAACAUUAAUCAUUGCGAUUGUAUUGCUGUCACUAUGUGAGGCACGUGGUGGUAGGCGUGGCGGUUCAUUUGGCGGACUUUUCGGUAGUUGGCGUAAAUACAAAAAACCUUCAAGUGGUGGCGGAAGUUCACGUCGUAUUGCUGAGAAUAAAAAGUCCGGUAGUAGUGAUAAAUUUCAGAAAAAUAUAAAAGCAAAUAAUUACUAUAACAGCUAUAAUACGCCACCACUGCCCACAGGAGGAUCAUAUUAUCAUAAUACUGCCGCUUUGCCAGGAAAUGCCAUAUAUGUGGCACAAGCCCCACCCAGAGGAGCUGAAUUUGGGGAUUUUCUAACGGGUUAUCUAACCGGCCGCCUAUUAACCAUGGGGUUUUCAUCUCCCCAUUAUCAUGUUACUCAUGUUUAUAGGGAUAAUCCAGCAGCAGCUGAUAGUACUGCCAAAUCAAAUAAUACUUCAGCCCAAGUUGUUAUUAUAAAUGGUCAGCAACAACAGCCAUAUACAGAGAAGCCAUUUAACGCACCUUUGCUGCCCAUAACCACAACAACAGAGAGCUCUAGUUCCAGAGAAGCUAAAAGUAGCUCGACCCAACUACCCCUAAGUACAACAGAACCACCUGCUCCUACAUAUGGUGUAAUUUGUAUGCCAAUGAUGAUAAACGAAACAGAUGCAAAAGGUGAAAUAGUGCAAAUUGAAAGAACUGUUUGCUAUCCAGCACCAGCGCCACCUACACCCCAAAAGGAUAUGAAAUCGAAACCAGCUGAAAUUGCAGGCGAUAUAAUGGAGCAUUAAUAAAUUUAUUAUUUUUAUUAUAUCUUCAAUUUAUAAACUAAAUAAACUUAAUUUUUAAUUUUUUUGAAAAUAAAAUUUUAAUAAAAUAUUUGGCCCUCGCCAUGGAGAAAA